AUGAUCCGAACUGCAGUUGCGGCUGACUCAGCAGCGUCGGCGCAAGGAUGUUCCGGGCCGAGCACCACCCAGCCAAUCGGAGAGCGCGGCGCCCCGGCUCGAAUCACGUCACCGGAAACCAGCCACGGCCUCGAAAAGAGAUUCUCUGGUCUUUGCUUGCUUCGAAUUGCUGCAGCGGAGAUGGAUGCACGCAGUGUUUUGCUCGGACACGCUCGUUUGUGGCGUGCGGGGGCCUUUUCCAGUUCUAUCUGCUCAAGAUGUUUGCGGGCUUCCCAGCCGCCAGUCCGACACAGCUCCGUCGCAUCGUCGACCAGGCCGCGAAUGGUCCUCACCCAGGCGCAACGCGAUUUCCUUGACAGCGCCCUCCGCGUCAACCAAGCCGGGGAGCUUGCCGCUACACAUAUCUACACUGCACAAUCGCCGCCCGUUGUCCGUUCCCACCCUCACCUGCGCCCGCUCAUGAAACACAUGUAUGACCAAGAGGCCGGCCAUUUCGACACGUUCAAUAACCUGAUCGCGAAGCAUCGCGUGCGUCCUACUGUUAUGUACCCGAUCUGGCAGGGCGUAUCGUCGUUUUUGGGCUGGAGUACGGGAAUCAUGGGACGAGAGGCUGCUAUGGCUUGCACAGAAGCAGUAGAAACGGAAAUCGGGACGCACUACAACGAUCAGAUCCGGGUGAUGCUUGAGUGGUUUGCCGAUGCAGAGCAGAGGGGAGAAGAGAUAGACGGCGAAUUGAGAGAAUUGGUCACAACCCUGAAGAGGAUACGCGAUGAAGAGCUGGAACACUUGGAUCACGCCGUAGAGAAUGAUGCAAAGGAGGCCAAGCCGUACGAUCCACUGGUUAAUGUCAUCCGACUGGGCUGCAGGGCUGCAAUCAAAAUCACGGAAAAAAUAUGA